AUGACACCAGAAACAUCAUUUGGCGACAAUAACUCUGGUUUGCAAGUGGGACAAAAUCACGUGUCGUCCACCGCCGAAGAAGCGGACCGACUUUGUAUCCGCGCUCUACGAUGCCCUGACUCACUAGUUGUCAAAAAUCGGUUGAAAGAAAAUAAAGACAAGUUGCUUCCCCAGUCGAUCCAAUGGAUUCAUCAAGACCCGCAAUAUAGGAGUUGGCAAAAUGGAGACGAAGUCUGUCUACUUUGGGUGAAGGGCGGCGCUGGCAAGGGGAAGACUAUGAUUUCGAUUGGUAUUAUCGAGAAGCUCUUGCGACUACAACAUGAGUCCACUAUGGUGACUUACUUUUUCUGUCAAAACGCCAACUAUGAGCUCAACACCCUUGAAGCGAUCAUGAAGGGUCUCAUUUUCCAAUUAGUGAAUCAGCAAACCGCACUAGGACAACCUCUACGACGCCGUUGGGACACAAUAAACGGCCGUUUUGAGGAGGAUGUUACUUCGUGGCGAACUCUAUGGAACAUCCUUUUAGAGAUGUUGGAGCGGUGCAAGUGCCAGAGAAUAUAUAUCAUUGUGGAUGCUCUCGACGAAUGCCGAAGUGAUGACAUGGCCGACUUCUUGAAACUCAUUGUCCGAAAUGGACUAGAUCGCCCGGCCAAAAUCAAGUGGAUGUUGACAAGUCGACUAUUAGACAGCGUAGACCGGGAAUUGUUAACUGGCCAUAACCAGUUGCAAGUCAGCCUAGAGCUCAACUCGAAAUACGUUUCUAAAGCCGUAAAGAAUUACAUCGCUUCUAAAGUGGAAGAGCUUAAUCGUCGUCAACAAUAUAGAGCGACGCUAAAGCGAGAGUUAGAAGCUGAGCUAACUGCAAAGGCUGAGGGGACAUUUUUGUGGGUAAGCUUAGCUUGCAAGAGACUCGAGAGUAUCUAUCGAGAGGAGGCCCUGACCACAAUCCAAACCUUGCCGCCGGGUCUUUAUCCUUUUUAUGAUCGGAUAUUCAGUCAGCUCACCCAAGGGGAGCGAGGUGAUGUACAAAGAUAUAUACGACUGCUUAAGGUGAUAAUACUAGUAUACCGACCUCUGAAAGUGGAGGAAGUUAAUAGUGCAAGUGGUCUUACUAAUAAAGGGGAUAGUAAUCGAGCGUUAGUCGAUCGAUGUGCUUCAUUCAUCAAGAUACAAGAAAAUAAUAUCCAAUUUGUUCAUCAGUCUGCUCGAGACUACUUGGCCGGGGAAAAUGGACAAUCUAUACUCGACUCGUAUGAUCACUUUGGACAUAGUGAAAUUGUACUGAGCUGUCUGUUGCAUUUAUCCGAAUUAUUAAAACCCAACCUCCUUGAACUGCAGCGGCCUGAUUCAACCAGGGAAUCUUUAAUAAUGCCGAAAGACGACACAAGAAAUCUUUUGUUAACUAGUGUGGACUAUGCAGCUACUUUCUGGGUGCAACACCUCGAGAAUACUGCGCGCACCAUGGAGAGAGGCGCAGUUAGUACAUUUCUCUGCACAAAGUUGUUGGAAUGGCUAGAAUGCCUAAGCCUUCUGGACAAGCUACCACGAGCUAUCGAAGCAUUAAAGGCACUAGCAAAAUUAGAAAAUGAUAAUCAUCUGGCACUAGCACUUGUGCAGGAUGCUACACGAUUUUUGUUGCGACACUACCACAUUAUCACGAAUUGGCCAUUACAGAUCUAUAGCUCUGCCAUCAUUUUCAGUCCUGAUUCAAGCGUCGUGAAGAGGGAAAAUUUGGACAAAAUCCCCGAAUGGCUAAGAAAUACCCCGCCCAUGGAAGACACUUGGGCAUCUUUGGUGCAGACAUUGGCUGGCCACUCCCACUCAGUCAACGCCGUGGCGUUCUCUCCAGACGGUAAGCAGAUCGCCUCUGGCUCGAACGACCACACCAUCAAGCUUUGGGACAUCGCUAAAUCCCUGAAAGCCUCAAAAUAUCUUGGGCAUACUUUUGGCAGUCGCAUGAAGUUCCGUUCAUGGCAGGAAAUCAAGACAUCAGAGACGAUACACACCAUCAAAUUCUCAGGGGACAGCCGAUAUCUUACAACAAACGCUGGUACAAUCAAACUCGUGAUCCCUGCAGAUAGGCAGACGGCUACUGUUGAGUCAUUACAAGAUCUCUACGUCAGAGAUCAGUGGAUAUGCUAUAGGGACUUGCCUCUCGUUCGGAUAUCGUCAGAUUUUAUCCCAGUAUGUGAAGAUGCGUAUGGUGAUCAAUUGGCUAUUGGAUUUGGAAAUGGUCGAGUUUUGAGCUUUAACAUUGACCAAAGUGUCUUGCAGUCAGUAAUGGGAGAUCGCUCUACACCCUGCUAA